AUUGUGCCUUGAUUUAAUCCUUCCUGUCAAAUUGGAACUGUUUAGUUUUUGCAGCAUUAAAUUUUUCAGUCAAAACUACCUUCACAGGGUAUUUUAUGAUCGGAUCAGUAAAGCUCUCUGCAAAUUUUGUGGAAAGGCAGUUCUUUCCGACAGUAUAUUAUGCCAUUUUUUCCACUGUCCACUUUGUCUGUUGUUUCAACAAGGUUUAGGUAGAUAAGAUCAUGUACUUCCUCAUGCCUAACUAAAUGCCAUGGCAAUGGCAUGAAAUGAUGAACUUAAUUAACUUUCAGUAAAUAAAAUCAUAUAGGCCAGAUUUGUCUAUCAAUGGGAGAUAGAAUACCACCACUGAAAUGCAAAACACAGACAAAAAUAAAUAAAACACUUCAAGAGAUGGAAUAUUGCUGAGACAGCCACAUUAGCCUCUUCUGACAUAAUUAUGUCAGUAUAUCAUACAACACCCCCCCCCAAAAAAAAUUAAUCGGACUGGGAACAAGCAUUGUGACUUGUAGCUCCAUCUGUGCUCACUUAGCCAACCUUGGCAUUUCACUCACCUUUCCGAGAAAUUGUGGUUUACCCUGAAAUGACCCAGGAUAUGAAACCAGAACCAGAUUCUAGUUUCAUAUCCUGAUUGGCAAGCAAGGUUUCUAGUUUAAAUGUAAUGGAAAUUUAGCUUGGGGAACGGAAAAAUGUUCUAUUAAGGUGUGCAAAAGCAUGGGACAAAACACACACAGGUGCAACAAGAUUGAAAACCUGGCUCAUGCCAAGUCUAACAAAAUGUGACUUGAAGUUAUUGGGAUUUAAAACCGUAUAUUCGGAUCAGCCUGAGUUCCAGGUGGAUUUAAACUCUAUUCAUAACACAGCCAACUUUUGUAAGCACACAGAGACGAUUAUAAAUUGCUGCUCCCAAGUGCUUAAGUGGUGAAAACGGGGGCGGGGGACCUAGGUCUGCCAGACAGAUUCAAGCGUGAAAUUGCUUGGACAUGUUCAUUCUGCCACUCAUACAAUUCAAAGGGCAGGAAAUGGUUCCAUUCAGCCUGCCCAUGAGUUGGUUGGUUGGGUUUGUUUUUUUAAUAGAAAUGUGCCCCUGCUUGUGUGUCAUAUGUUUACAUUCUGGAAAAAAAAAUCUACGACCUGCCUUCUGUCUGUUGAAAGAUUUGGAAAGUGACAGCUGGAGAAAAUCUGGAAAGUGUGAGAAGACCCAGAUCUUGAGAAACAAGCAGAACCUCGUCCUCAUAGCGAAGCCAGAUGACGACGAUAAAGCCAUAUUUGAGUCUAUGACCAUCGAAGAAAUGUCAUCGUACCCUGGGAUCAAAUUCGACAUCCACAGUUACCAAGAUACGAAGCCAAAAGGAUUGCCAGUGGCCUUCACCAUCCAAUGGCACCAAAAAACUUACUACAUGUGUGUUGAGAAAAGAGGCGGCAACCUGAAUGUGCAAUUUAAGGAAGGAGAUGUUCCAAAUAACAUUGAAGGAACCACCAGCAAUGUAAUCUUCAUCAAAACCCCGUUUUCUGAGGGUGAUGAGCAAUACUACAUGUUCGAGACUGCACUGGAACAAGGCUACUUCCUUGCUUUUGAAAAAGAUAAAGGAAGAUUGAUUGUAAAGAGGCGGGAAGCUGUGGAUCAGGUGGAUGAAUCCAUAAAGCUACACCACUCCCCAUUUCCUGAACAUAUGCACCUGGACACAAGCGAUCAAUUCUAGCAAAACCAGUAAUAAUGGAAUUUUAAAAUCCCACCUGCUCAAGUGAAACUAAGCAGAUACAAAAUUACAGAACAGUUUUGUAUGAUCAUAUCUUUCCUAUUUUCUGUGUGGCUAUACAUGUGGAUGCUGUAUAUAAUUUGAGCAAAUAGAGUUCUGAAUUGA